UCGAUUCUUGGCGAUACACUGUGAAGAAACAUCACAUGCCAUUAUACACGCAUCAUGCUCAUGCUGCUCCUCGCUCUGCGAACCGCUCAUCUAUCCAAGAAGCGCUUCUUCUCAUCUUCCCCGCUCUCGAGCUCCGACUACGUCCACGCCCGCCUCGGCUCCAUCCUCUCGAGCCGCGCCCCUCCGCCGUCGUCCCUCCCCCAGUCCCACUGCCUCGUCGUGACGACCGGUCACUCCCAGAACGUGUUCAUCGCGGCGAAGCUCGUCGCUCUGUACGCGUCUCUCGACCGACCCACGUGCUCGACCCGGGUGUUCGAUCGUGUCGAGCCGAAGGACGUCUUUCUCUGGAACUCCAUCAUCAAAACCCACUUCUCGAAUGGCGUGUAUUCUCGGGCCAUCGAGUUUUACUCGCGAAUGCGGGCGGCGAACGAGCUGCCCGAUCGGUUUACGAUCCCCAUGGUCGUGGCCGCCUGCGCAGACAUCGGGUCGCUGAAUUAUGGGAUGUGGGUCCACGCUUUGACGUGUAAAUGUGGUCUCUUUGCGGGGAGUUCGGCGGUCGGGUCUUCUUUUGUGUACAUGUACUCGAAGUGUGGCGAAAUGAUGGAUGCCUCUUUGGUGUUUGAUGAAAUUCGCGUGCGAGACGUGGUGGCUUGGACCGCGCUUUUGAUUGGGUACGUGCAGAAUGGGGAAAAUGAGAAGGCAUUGGGGAGUUUGCGCGAGAUGCUAAGGCUAGGCGGGUUGGAUGAGAGACCCAAUUUUAGAACUAUGGAGGGUGGAUUUCAAGCUUCUGGGAAUCUGGGUGCAGUAUCAGAAGGUCGUUGUCUUCAUGGUUUAGCGGUAAAAAGUGGACUUUUGUGUUCUGAAGUAGUUAAGUGUUCAGCUUUGUCUAUGUACUCGAGAUGCGAUUCCCCUGAAGAUGCUCAUUCAUCUUUUUGUGAGAUUGUCGAUAAGGAUGUUCUCUCGUGGACAUCAGUAAUCAGUGUCUAUGCAAGGUUCGGAUGUAUGGCAGAGUGCUUAUCUUUGUUUCUUCAAAUGCAAUCCAGUGGCACAUAUCCAGAUGGAAUUGUUACAAGUUGCGUGCUUUUGGGUUUCGCCAAUACCAUGAGUGUCUCAGAAGGGAGGGCGUUUCAUGGGUUACUUAUAAGGAGACAUUAUCUGUUAGUUCUGGAUCAGAUGGUUCACAAUGCAUUACUGUCCAUGUAUUACAAGUUUGGGCUCUUAAAUGUUGCUGAUAAGCUUUUUGUCAGUAGAGCGCAUGAACUUGCGAAAGAGCCAUGGAACAUCAUGGUUUCAGGAUGUGGAAAGUUGGGAAUGGAAGAGAAUUGUAUACUGUACUUUAAGAAUAUGCAACAUCUAGGCAUCGAAUCUGACUCGGAUUGUUUGGUCUCUGUCAUUUCUUCAUGUUCAAAAUUAGGAGCAACCAAUCCGGGCAAGUCAGUUCAUUGUUAUGCCAUCAGAAGAUCAAUUGAUGGGAAUGCCUCAUUUAACAAUUCACUCAUAGGUUUCUAUGGUAGGUUGGGUAAUUUGGCAGUUGUACAAAGAAUUUUUUCAAGGAUGAAGAGAGAUAUUGUCUCAUGGAACACUGUAAUAUCAUCUUAUGUUCAUAAUAAGCAUUAUGAAGAUGCCAUUGCUCUUUUUGAUAGAAUGGUAUCAGAGGAUAUGAAGCCCAACUCUGCAACAUUAGUCAGCGUGCUUGCAGCCAGUGCUAAUCUGGCUUCAUCAGAGAAAGGAGAAAGGAUCCACCAGUAUCUGGAGGAAGAAAUGAUUGAAAUCAACCUUCCUCUUACAACUGCAUUAGUUCAUAUGUAUGCAAAAUGCGGAAAACUUGACAAAGCGCGUGAAUUAUUCGACUUAAUGAAGGAGAGGGACAUUAUUUCUUGGAAUGUUAUGAUUUCUGGUUAUGGAAUGCAUGGACAUGCGAAAUCUGCUGUUGAGAUUUUCCAGCUGAUGGAGAAUUCAAAGGUUAGACCAAGCGCACUCACUUUUCUUGGACUUCUGUCAGCCUGUGCACAUGCAGGUCUUGUUGAAGAAGGGAAGCGUCUCUUUUCUAGAAUGCAACAUUAUUCCAUUGAACCCAACUUAAAGCACUAUACUUGCAUGGUAGAUCUUCUCAGCAAGUCUGGUGAUCUGCAAGGAGCUGAAGAGUUGGUUCUUUUGAUGCCUGUGCGACCCGAUGGUGGUGUAUGGGGGGCUCUGUUAAGUGCUUGUGCCAUCCAUGAAAAACUGGAGGUCGGAAUGAGGGUUGCAAACCAUGCGAUUCAAUCUGAACCAGCUAAUGAUGGAUAUUACGUGUUGCUUUCUAAUAUGUGUAGUUCUAUGGGGAGAUGGGAAGAGGCGGAGAUGGUCAGGAAAAUGAUGAAAGGUGGGGGUGUGCCGAAGCGAGCAGCCUGGAGUGCAACAUAAUUGGAGUAGAUCUUCUUGCAAGUAUCUUGCUCUUUGAGAUAAAGAAAGCCAAUGACUGUAAUGCUCCGCAGCAACUCAGUUUCAGAGAGGUAGGCUCGCUAAAUACAGACUUGCUCAGAGGUGGACCUGGUUGCAAUAUUCGAGCUAUAUCGGAGAACUAUGUCAGAGUAUGAUAGCAUAAGGGAGCCAGCAUUCCUCUUGAUCAGACAUCACUGUUCCAGGGGCUGAUGAGAUCAAAGUUGAUUGAGUUGGGAUCUGAAGUUUGCUUUACAUUCGGCUUAGGAAUGAUAGCUCAUCUUGCUUUCACUUGCUGUGGUGGGUAGAAUGGUGAUACCAGUGGUUUUGGAGCAAUCCUUGGUUUUGGGAGUAUGAUGCUGGAAGGUUAAAGGGUGCAGUCCCCAAGUAAUUACAAUGCUCUGGGAACAAGCAAAUGUGAUCCGAGUGAAGCAAACAAAUGGCCAUGGGGUGUGUGAGCAGCCGGUAUAACUUCAAGAUCUGCAAGCAUUGGCCAGUUGAGGUUUGUCGAUGCUGUUUCGUCAGGUGCAGAGGCAACACUACAUCCCCGUUAUGUUCCAUCAACUAUUUGUAAUUUUUUAACGGUAGGUAGAUGCUGUUCCAGUUAUUCGGUUGCCCUGUGCUAUUGAACGUUCUUGAUGUGAGACGUCUUUGUUAAUAUUAGCGUUAUCUCUCGAUUAUAAGUUCCCGGAAGUGCUACGGCUCCUCCAAAUCUUCAGAUGGCUCGGGCUGAGCUUGACACGGCGAAGUUGUCGCAUGGAAUGCUCGAAGCUCGUCGGUUAAAGACAAAAAUUUGUCUGUGCAGUGUGCACUCUCCAAAUAGGAUUGAGUGUUCUAGUAAAAGUGGCCCUUUGUAACUCUUUAUCUGGUGAUAUGUCAAUACCCAGAAUCUGUCCAAAUCACAACUAAUUUAAUCGUUGCCUAGAAA